ACGAGCGGAAAACAUGUUUGUUGUUCUUCCUUCUGUUUCCGAGACGUUCAGGGUCUGAGCGGGUUCACCAGCCGUGUCUGCAUGUCUCUGCCAAUUCCGUCACUAAAUCCUCUUCUACCGCCCCCGAAUGCAGAUUAACAGGUAUGCCAAAGGAAAAAUAUGAUCCUCCAGAUCCCCGUAGAUGUUACACCAUCAUGUCAGCUGAGGAGGCGGCUAGCGGGAAGAAGUCCCACUGGGCUGAGCUCGAGAUAUCUGGUCGCGUGAGGAGCCUGAGCAGCUCUCUGUGGUCGCUCACCCACCUGACGGCGCUGCACAUCAACGACAACAACCUGAGCCGCAUCCCGCCCGACAUCGCCAAGCUGCCCCACCUGGUCUACCUGAACCUGUCGUCCAAUAAGCUCCGCAGCCUGCCCGCCGAGCUGGGCAACAUGGUCUCUCUCAGGGAAUUGCUUUUAAACAACAAUCUUUUACGAGUUCUGCCUUAUGAACUUGGGAGGCUUUUCCAGUUACAAACCCUGGGGCUGAAAGGUAACCCUCUGUCCCAGGACAUCCUCAACCUGUACCAGGAGCCGGACGGAACCAGAAAGCUUUUGAACUACAUGCUUGACAAUCUCGCAGUGCACCCAGAACAGCUCCCCCAAAGACCGUGGAUCACGCUGAAAGAGCGAGACCAGAUGGUCCCCACAGCCAUGUUCACUGUCAUGUGCUACAACGUGCUGUGUGACAAGUACGCCACGCGACAGCUCUACGGCUACUGUCCAUCCUGGGCCCUCAACUGGGAGUACAGGAAGAAAGGCAUCAUGGAGGAAAUCACCAACUGUGACGCCGACAUCAUCAGCCUGCAGGAGGUGGAAACGGAGCAGUACUACACCCUCUUCCUGGAAACACUAAAGGAGCGCGGCUACGACGGCUACUUCUGCCCAAAGUCUCGUGCCAAACUGGUGUCUGAACAGGAGAGGAAGCACGUGGACGGCUGUGCAGUGUUCUUCAAGACAGAGAAGUUCACUCUGGUGCAGAAACACACCGUGGAGUUCAACCAGGUGGCUAUGGCCAACUCAGAGGGGUCAGAGGUCAUGCUGAACAGAGUGAUGACCAAAGACAACAUCGGGGUGGCCGUUCUGCUCGAGGUGAACAAAGACAUGUUCUCUGGAGGCAUGAAGCCCCUGCAGGAGCGGCAGCUGAUCCUCGUGGCCAAUGCCCACAUGCACUGGGACCCUGAGUACUCGGACGUCAAGCUGAUCCAGACCAUGAUGUUCCUGUCGGAGCUGAAGAGCAUCGCUGAGAGGGCCUCGGGCUCCGUGGCUACCGGCUCACCCACCUCUGACCCGUCCUCCAUCCCCAUCGUCCUGUGUGCUGACCUCAACUCGCUGCCCGACUCUGGUGUGGUUGAAUACCUGAGCAACGGAGGUGUGGCCGAGAACCACAAGGACUUCAAGGAGCUGCGCUACAACGAAUGUCUGACCAACUUCAGCUGCAACGGCAAGAACGGCAACUCAGACGGAAGCAUCACCCACAACUUCCAGUUGAAGAGCGCCUACGAGAAUAAUCUGAUGCCUUACACCAACUACACGUACGACUUUAAGGGUGUGAUCGACUACAUCUUCUUCUCCAAGACCCACAUGAGUGUUUUGGGCCUGCUGGGCCCGCUGGACAGCCAGUGGCUCAUCGACAACAACAUCACCGGCUGCCCCCACCCCCACAUCCCCUCGGACCACUUCUCCCUGCUGGCCCAGCUGGAGCUGCACCCCCCCCUGCCCCACCCGCUCAACCCCCUCAACGGGCUGCACCUGCCAGUCCACAGGUAGUGCAGCCCGAUGACCCCAACACACCCUGACCUCUCACCUCCACCCCCACCCACCCUUCAAACACUCUCCUCAGACCCCCCGUCCUUCUGCAGGACCCUGUACAGUCGACCGAUCACGUUUUAAACUCAGACAAAACCCAACCCACCCCACCCUCCCGAAAGGAGUGAAGUAUUUGCCCAUUGUUGCUCCUUUUUUGUGUUUUUGCACACUGUAAUGUUUUUUUUUGUUUUUUUUUUUUUUAUCUAUCUCUGUCUCCCCUUGAAGAGUUUGAUACCAAAUAGUGGGCUUGGGAUUAAUUUGCUGUGUCAAAGCCCCAUGUCCUAAUUUUUUUUUUUUUUUUUUUUUCUUAGAAAUGAUCAUAACAGCUUGUAGAUUCUGCUUCUACGUUGGCAAUCAUUAACUUUUUUUUUUUUUUUUUUUAUGAAAGAAUUCCACUACACUUCACGAUAAAUUUCAAAUAAUCUACAAAUCUGCAUUUGUUUUUGUUUUGUUUUGUUUUGUUUUUUUGCUUUGUGCUUUUUCGUUUUAACAAUCACAAGGCUGUGGGAUCAUGAGCUUGUUUGAGAAAGGCAACAUGAUAACAUAAUUUUAACGCUGCGUCACAGCAUCUUUGUUGUGUUAAAGAGUAUGGUAACAUCUUCGUAACACUACAUCUGUGUUCAGUGAGGAAAUUGGAAGAUGAAAUGACCUCACGCCUCAGCUGCGAGCUUUAUGAAUCUUUGCUCAUAAAUCUCGCGGCUCCCAGCUCUGCUAAAUGUUGAUGACACAUUCACACAGCGCUGUUUGGACGUUACUACGCUGCUACUGCAUUCACUUAUUUGAUUUUUUUUUUCCCACUUGUUUAUGUUGCCAGUCUUGUACCUCUCAGCAUCUCUUUCACAGGCCUUCAUUAUUUCCAAAUAUUCUAAUUAACUUGGCAACCAGCAGUUUUGGCAUAUCAGUUUUGUUUUUUCUACUUGUUCAUGCUCAGUUAAUUCUGAUUGAUGCAGUUCAUGAGUUUUACUGCAGCAAUAUGAAGUGUCAAACACCUAACGAGGAGGAUCCCUAACUACUAUUAGCAUUUUAACCAAAUCAUUCCUCCUGCUUAAUAAGUUGCUUUGAAAAAAAUGAUGUAAUAGAUGAUAUUUAUUUGAAACACAACCCAGGCAAUCACUAAUAUUGUGCUUUAGGUCUUUAGCUUUUGAAGCAGUGAUUUUUUUUUUUUUUUUUUUUAACCUACCUACCAUGUUAAUGAUGGUAUUAUCCUGUUUCCCAGCACGUGACUGGCCAAAGACUAAUUACAAAGAUUAAUGACAUAUGCUCUGUCAUUGUGAAACUAUAUUUAUUUAUUGGUAUCUGAAACAAUUGAGAGAGAAUACUAAGGAGAAUCACUUGGUGAUUUCUGACCCAGAGCCGAAUGUAUUACUGAAGGCUCACCAUGAAAUUUGUUGUGACGGCCUUUCGAUGCCAGAUUCCCGUGUGUUACAUGACUGACGUUAGUCUGACUAAAAGUGAUAGCCCUUUAUUUAAGUUGUAUCUCAGGGCUAUGCUAUGCAUUUAGCAGUACCUCUCAAACGAAGGACUUGUAGAGUCGUGACGUAUGAGCAAAACCAAAUAGGAAGCUAUUGCUUUGAAACUACUUUAUAAGCACAGGUCUGUCCAAGUGACUUGGAUAAUGUCUGUAUGUUUCAGACGUAGUUGUUGUAGAAGUCUUUCUUCUUAUCUCAUGUUCGUUAAAACUACCUGCUGCACUCUUGCUCCAUCCCCAGGAUCUGCUUGGAGAUUUCAUGUUGGGCUCAGAUGGUACAACAAACCACCUGGUCGUCAGUGUGAUUGGAUUAUAGACAGAAAGAGUUUUAACGUGAAAGAAUUCCCUGCAGUAUUAAUGAGGGAUGGGCAGGAUAACUGUGUGCAGGAGGACUUCGACAGUGGCUGCAACUGUACACAUACAUUUGUAGUGUUCAACAUAUCUGGCACACGUUACUUUACACUAUAGUGCCUAGUUGGUGGAUAAUUAAGUAAGCCCUGACUCUUUGAGAGUGAGUUAUUGUGUUAUAAACUGGCGUUUGCUCUGUUUGGUAUCUGAAUAAAGCCAUACAUUUUGGGUAAACGGUGCCAACACACAACACGGCACACGGUAAACUACUCAGCUUUAAGCCGCAGUCAACCAAUUUAACCGGCCUCAGCAGUCUCGGCUUUGCUUCAUUUGCACAUGAUUUUACUCUAACAAUGUUUAACGCUAACGAGUAUGGCUCCAGUGUAGAUGGUGUUUAUGAAGUCAGCCUUUGUGAGCAUUUUGAGGCCUAUACUUCACUCCUAAAUUCAUUUCAUGGGGUAUUCUGAUUUGUAUGACAGUUGUAUAUAAGGAAAAAUUGAAGUGUCUUUGGUGACUGGGCGUCUUUGACAUCUGCGAGGGGAAUGUACCGUUCUCCUACAAAGGGGUGUUUUUUGGGGGGUUUUGUUUUUUGGUCACAAUUCAAAGAUGUACGUGGUGGUGUACUUUUUUGCCCGUGCACUAAGCAGUCAUAUGUGAAUACUCACCCUCCACUUGUCAACAAUAUUCUUGUAGAGACCCAUUGUCUCCGUCGAACUUUGUUUUUCAAUAGUGGGCAUUUUCUGUCUCUAACUGAAAUGCAGUCUUCAAUUGGUACUUUGUACGAUUCAGUAUUACCGAGUUUUUGAAAGAAGAAAAAGAUAAAUAUUCUAGAUUUAAAAGCAAAUUGUCUUGAUGGCUUUUAUUUCUCUACCGCAAAUCGAAAUGUCCUCUCAGAGUUGGUCUCGCUCAGAGAUAAUCCUCAAUCUAAAUUCUGUUUCGGUUUUGUUCCUCUUUCCAGCUGGUGUUUCCCCUCUUUAGUUUCCCCUCCCCAAAAAAAGGAUUCCCAGAUCCCUUCCGCUUCACCGUCUCUCUUCACACACAUCUCAUACAACAUCCACAGCCCGUUUCUUUUUCGACCAGAACAUUGAACUUCCGAUAUCCGCAGGCAUUUGACCAUUUUUUUUUUUGUAGAGCACACCUCACAUACUUUUUCUACAAACAACGUGCCUAGUUUGUACAAUUUCUCCAACAGCAGCACUGCCCAUGAGACCGAGACGCUCAGAGAGAAACCCAGCGCCGUCGUCCAUCCAUCCACCCCUCCAUCCAUCCAUUCACCCCUCCAUCCUUUCCCAGCCAUCCCAUCCUGAACCAACCUUUGGGAAUGAGAUCAUGAGGAUUUGAACCUGAGUCGUGGGACUCGAGUUACCUUGUUCGCCUCAGAGUGGGUUCCAACAAGCCUCAGUCGCAGCGUUUUUGUGAAACCAGCUUUUUUGUACCUUUAUGGUCAAUGACAAAUCAUCCUCUUGUUUGCCAUAUUUUCUACCAACAAGGCUACCAGAUCCACAUCGAUAGCUGAAUGUCGGUGGGCGCACUACUGUGUAGCAAUGCAUUGGCGAGGAUGCAAACUCUCACCUGUGUAGUCCAGUGUUUUCCCAUGGUGAGUUUUUGUAGUUUCCCCUGCAGAGUGCUCGCUGUAUCUUUCACAGGAUUAUCAUUACCAUCAUCGCAUGCAAUUUUUGAAUGUAAGAAGAAGAAGAAGAAAAAAAAAAAACCUUGUUUCCAGUUUCUGGUCAUUGUUUUUUUAUGAGUUGUGCAUUCAGGUGUACUCCGUAGACAUGUAACUGCAAGAUGAUUGCUGCAUUAGGUUGUUAGCAAAGUCUUGGGUGGCCACUGAGAUGCUAAGCCACCUUAGGGGAGAGUUAGGAGCAUUUUGUAUUUGCAGGUAACCUUUGUCAGGUGAUCCUCCGUCUGCUCUACCUAUCUUGAAUUUGACUGCCUCCAACUAGGCUAGGUUGCUGCUUCUAACGCCAAGAAACAUCAUCUAAAAGACACUGGGUAGAACUUCAAAAUGGCUUUAUUCUAGCGUAUUAGGAAAGCGGUGUAAGCAUACAACAUCCACCAAAGUGAUCUGAUAUAUAAUACACUUAAAAGGACUAAAAGGAUACACAAACAAAAUACAGCUAUGUGUGCAAACAGAAUUGUGUUGGUACAAAAUGCAAAGUAGGAUCUGGACGAUUUUUACUCGGUCCUGACUGUUUUUGCACAUUUACAGUGCUUUAAUCUGUAUUCACUUGUUGCUGGAAUAAGGCCAUUUAAUAGUAAACCGUUGCCUAAUGAAAGCUUUGCCCUAAAAGGAGAAAGGCAGUAACUUGAGUUGUGGCAGAACAAUUUGUGAUUGAAAUUGUUCAAUUUCUUAGUCCGUUGUGGCUCAGUGGAGGAUAAAAGAACUUUUUACUAAUUGUACAAAUAGCUUCAUACCAGUCGGUUGGCUGGGCAAUAUAAAAAACGUCACUACCUUUGCUAAACAGCACAGAGGAAGAACGCUGGCUUGCCUUCAAAAUUUUAAUUUUGAGAAAAGGGCGUCUGAAUAUUCAAAAACAGUGAAAAGGACUAGUCAUCUCUGUCACCUCUAAACAAAGCAUUCAUUUCUGUCAGCUACUUCCUCAAAAACCAGUUUCAUAUUGUUUUCAGUUGCUGCCUUCUGCCUUUGGUACAGCAAAGCCGCUCAUUCAUGUUCAGCAGGGGCAGUUUAACUGGGCGAGGAUCCUCGGCCACCAGCAGUCGCCAACAACAAGGUGCUAUAUUUCUCAAGAGGUUUUAAAAGAACUGCACUUGUACCUGUAUUUAAAAACUAUGUCACACUUGUUGGCAGACUAUAGAUCUGUGGCUCUCGACGAUGUGCCAUGUCGGCUGGAGAGUCUGCAGGUUUUCAGUCCAAAUCAAACUCCUGUCACAGAUGAAUUUACAGAUUUGUGGAGGAGGAACUAAUGGUUAGAAUGAAAACACGCGGACUGUCCGGCCUCAUUCGCACAUGUUUGAGAAGUGCUAACCUCGACAGAGCAGGCUUUGUAUUACAGAAGCCAAAGUGUGCAUGUUUGACAGUUUAAAUGUCAAGGGUGCAGAACUGCGGCAACCCAAACUACGCCUGCAGGAACGAGUGAAAGUUUGCCAACCGUAGGUGGCGGUGCUGACUUUGUUGUGUUCCUCUGACAAAACGAAUAUAGAUGUAGCUGCUGCAGAGGUGCCAUUUAUUUUAUUUUUUUGGAGAGCUUGCUGAGAUGCUGCUGCGCUGUAGCUCAAGGCCCAAAGAUGAAAUGACUGGGGAAAAUCAAGUUGUGCUCUCUUUAGCCACCGUAAGCCACAAGGUACAGUUACAGCACAAUUAUUCAGUUAAACUUAGAGGGAGGAUGAAAGCAUGUAGGCAGACGUCUGCGGUGGCUACCACUGUAUUUGUUUUCUGAGCAGUUGCAGUAUGUACACCUCAGUUGAAACCAUACAUGUUCAACAGCACUUGUAUCAUCUCUCCACACUCCCACUCUCCCCACUUCCUGUAGGCAAUAAAAAAUGUCAUUUUUAAA